CCCCAGUCCCCUGCUCCGCCAAUGCUAGCGCAGACUGAGCCCCCGUCCGGCCCCCGCCUCGCCACCCCGCCCGCGGGGCCGGGGGCUGCAGUCUCAGCCCCCCCGGACCAAUGCAAACGAAGCGCCUAGCCAGCAAACCAGCUCCCACUGCCCCUCCCUCCCCGCCAAGAGUGGCGGAGAGCGGACGGGGCGGGGGGUGGGGGGAGACCGAGGGGCGCAGAUGUGGGCCCCCCAGCCAGCGAUGUGCACCCGUAAGUCGAGCGGGCGUUGGUUACCCUUCGGAGCCCCCCUUCGAUGCCCGAAAUCCCCAGAAGUCGUCUGCAAGCGCCUCCCCGCUACCAACCCCAGAGAGGGCUCGGGGUCCUGGCUGGGGGCAGGCCGAACCUUCGGAGCUGCUUCUGGACCCCGCUCACUGACUGAACCGAAGGGGCUGCGCGCCCGGGAGAGCUGGGGAUACGAGGCCAUCGUCCACCCUCUCCCCCAAACCGCCACACGCCAAGCUUUGUGCCCCAGGGAGCGGAAAGUAACCAGCUCGGGGAGGCGACAACAUAGAGGCAAGGGCGAUGGGAAGGGGCAGGGGUCCCCGCGCACCCCAGGGAAAUGGGGGUACUGGACCCUCCAGGGAGCACCCUUUGGCCUCCUGAGGUCGGGAGCAUCCCCGGCGCCCGCAGCCCAGCGAGUCGCCGAGCGCUCGGGCCAUGAGCCCCGCCGGCGGGCCUGGGCGCUUUGUCCCGGCCGUCCGGGAGAUGCUGCCGCGCGCGGGUUGGACACAGAGGUUCAUCUGCCUGGGAAGAGCUGGCGGCCGCUGCCAGGCAGCCCAACUUGGAGCCCUGGGCUGCAGGCACCGCGUGUGCGGGCGGGAAGUUCCCACAGUUGCAAAGAGGGAGCGAAGUAUGUGUUCCAAACUUUCCACGGUUCCAAACUGAGCGCUUCCAUUAAGAAAAGCGGUGUGCGGGGGAAAAGCAUUCUGGGUAUUAGCAUGCAAAUGAACGGGCCAGGCUUCCAGCUCCGCUCGGGAUUCCCACCGCCGCGCUCCCUGCUUGCGCAGAGCCACGCGUGCCCACGGGUUCCGGGGGUGGCGCCGCGGGAGGACCAGAGUUCGAAUUCGACAUCUGUGCUCUCUGGUUGAGUGUUUUGGUGACGGUCACUUGGCCUCUCUGAGCCUUAGUUAAACACAGUUUCCUAAUAUGUAAACCGGGGACAGCAACACCUGUCUCUUGAAGUGGUGAGGUCUGCACAGCACAUAAUUCUGGGCUGGGUGUCUCUCCUUACACAACUCCGCCCUUCCUAGGUCGUAGUAGUUGCCAAAUGCCUGUUGGAGAAAAUAAAUGAUGAAGCUUAGAGGGCUGAGGGAAGGUCCCCGGACCCGGAGCCAGGCGAUCUGUGUUCUAAGCCCAAACUAGCUGUGCCACCUCAGGCCAGUGCCCUAACCUCUCUGACCCACAGCUCAGAUUCUUUGGAGGAUUCGGGGAACCGACAAUUUUUGUGUUUGAGAGCAGCCACAAAGAAAGAGGGAUCUGGGGCUUCCCUGGUGGCGCAGUGGUUGAGAGUCCGCCACGAACACGGGUUCGUGCCCCGGUCCGGGAAGAUCCCACAUGCCGCGGAGCGGCUGGGCCCGUGAGCCAUGGCCGCUGAGCCUGCGUGUCCAGAGCCUGUGCUCCGCAACGGGAGUGGCCACAGCAGUGAGAGGCCCGCGUACCGCAAAAAAAAAGAAAGAAAGAGGGAUCUGAUUAUUGAGGGCCUACAGUAUACACACAGACUCUCUCCAAGGUAAAUAUAUUCCCAUUCUACCAAUGAAGAAACAGGAAAAUGAAUGACUUGCCCAAGGCCACACAGAUAGUGGUGGAGCCAGAAAUCCAACCGGUUAACCCGGAUGUGCCCCUUCCUUGCCAGUGGCUUCUGAACCCCCUCAGUGUCUCCACAUGAACAAGGAAUUGGUUCUCAGUCUGCCGUGCUUAGAAAACAGGGUGCUGAGAUGUUCCUCCCAGAGGGGUCAUGCUGUGAACGUGGGUUCACAGAGUGCUCUCAGAUCACUGAUCCACAGUGCUCUGAGGAAAACAGGGAAGAUGCACCAGCCCCAUUUUGCAGAGAGGAAGCCUGAGGCUCAGGGAGCUUGAGUGAUUGGCCUAGGAUCCCACCAUGAGGAAGUGGCCAGACACAGAUCCAGAUCCCAGUCCUGACCGCAACUGGGAGCUUUUUCCUGCAUGUCACCUUGGCGGUGUAAUUGUGCAGGAGGCCUGUGAUGAUCUCCCAAUUUCAUCUAUAACUGAACCUUCAGUCUUGCCUAUAUCUUAGGCUCUUUCUCUUUCUUUUUUUUUGAAUUGAGGUGAAAUUCACAUAACAUAAAAUUAACCAUUUUAAAGUGUGUAAUUCAGCAGCACUUACUACAUUCCCAAUAUUGUGCAAACAAGACCUCUGUCAAGUUCCAAGACAUUUACGUUUCUAAAAGAAAAUUCUGUCCCCAAUCCCCACUUCCUCCAGCCCCUGGCAACCACCAAUCUGCAUUCUGUUUCUGUGGAUUUACCUGUUCUAGAUAUUUAAUAUAAAUGGAAUCAUACGAUAUUUGAUCUUUUGAGUCUGGCUCUUUUCACUUAGCAUAAUGUUUUCGAGGUUCAUCCACGUUGCAGCACUGUUAUUCCUUGUUAUGGCUGAAUUCCACCAUAUGGAUAUACUACCUUUCCUUUAUCUAUUCAUCCGUUGAUGGUCUUAUGGUUAUUGUGAAUAGUACCACUAUGAACAUUUGAGUGCAAGUAUUUGUUUAAGUAUCUGUUUUCAGUUCUCUUGGGUAUAUACCUACCAGUGGAAUUGGUAUCAUAUGAUAAUCUAUGAUAAUUCUGUGUUUAACUGUUUUCCACAGUGGCUGCACCAUUUUAUAUUACUACCACACACGUCUUUUUAUGAGCAAUUGUAGAGCUGAUCAAACCUAUUUUAUGAAUAAACAUGCUGAAGCCCAGAGAGAUUAAGUAACUUGUCCAAGGUCACACAGCAAGAUUCAGACUAGAACCAAACUUUCCAGAGUCCCUAGCCUUCCACCCACUAAGAGCCUCCCAACCUCCUUCAAAGACCUGAACUACUUACCUGAGCAUUCACUGAUUUGACAAACCUGUCCAGUGAACAACUAAGUUAACUGUAUUAUGAAGCUCCUUCUCUUCCUUCAACAUCUGUUGAAAGAGCCCACCGCCAUGUUCCCAAUUUCCAGGUCGCACCUUGACAAGAUGCAGAGCUCACAAUCCCUGCGUCUGCCUCCUGCUGCUGGCCUGGCAGGCCCUCUUCUGUUGCCAUGGAAACCACGCACCUCCGUUUUGGCAGUGCACCAGCUGGACAGCGAACUGAGAGCAUCCUUGUCUCCCAAGCUAAGUGGAGCUUCAAGGUUACUUGCUCACUAGAUCCGUAUUUAUUGAGCACCUACUAAGCACCAGUUCUUCGAAUUUUUUUAAAUUUGUUUUAGAUGCUAGGGAUACAGCAGUGAACAAAUUAGACCAUGGACCGUGCCCUCAAGGAGCCCACAGCCUAGGGGAGGAGACAGACAAAAAAAACAAGGACAUGAAAAAGGCUUCUCCUGGCUCUCCUCCCCCAUUCUUCAAAUUCUCCCAUCCUUCCAAGCCCUGCUCAAACCCCACUUCCUCUGGAGUAUCCUCUCCACAAGCCCAGAUCCAAGUGAUAGCUCCUCUCAUCUCUCACAAUGCUUAUUUUUUUUCCCCCGAUUGCAAAAGUGAUACGCGCAUUGCAGGAAAAUGUAGACAAUGCAUGAAAACACAAAGAAAAAAAAAGAUUCCUUAUAAUUUCAUCACCAAGAGUUAAGUGCUGCCAACAUAUCCUUCUGGUCUUUUUCCCCUUCUACAUAUGUAUAAUUUUUUUUUGUUUUAAAUAAUUGGGUCCUGUUUUAUAUACCGCUUUAUAAUGUUGCUUCAUAACAAUAUAUUUUCUUCCCAACAUGUUUCGGUGUUCCUGUUUUGGAACAGGGGGUUAACAAUAACAGCGAACAUUUAUUGAACACUAACUGUCAGGUGUGGUACUGAGAGCAUUACUUGGUUUACCCUCUGUGAUUCUUGAAAUUCCCCUGUGAGGUACCUACUCUGGGGUUCUCAUCUUACUGAUAAGGGCACUGGGGAACUGCCAGAUGAGGAAGGGACAGGGAUGGCCGAGUGUGCAUAAGACAAAGUGGCACCUAGACCCCGGCCGCUCCUGGGGCCUUCCCCAUGAACCCAGA